CGGCCGCUUGUUGAGCCGGGGCUCCUCCGUCUCCAUGACGCCCGGCAAACAUUCCCGAGCCUCAGCCCGAGCCGCUGACGCCGGGCGUUGGGGUACAGGGACUCCGGAAGCAGCUAGGGAAGGGGGGGCGAGCACUCCGCCGCCUGUCGCCACCAUGCCCACCUCUCCAGGAAACAGCCGCAAGCAGCAGAACCUCUGGCUGAGCGUUGGCCCACAGGCCAAGAAAUCUAUUAGCUUUACUAACACCGCAAGAGGAGGUUUCACAAAAAGCUAUGUUGGUGCAAACCAAAGUAGAAUGGCUAUGUCAAAAACCAUGACAAUUCUACCUGAGAUAAAAACAGAAAAAAUGAAUAUUUCUACCCCAAAGACAGUCAUACAGGUAAUUAAUCCACAAGGAGAUGAUGUUACUCCCCGACCUCUUUACCGUCCAGACCCACAUAUGGGUACAGCUAAACCAAAUAAACUACUGACAUCACAAGAAGGAUCAUAUGCAUCAGACUAUAUAUCUUCCUAUAGCCUUUAUCAGAAUACAUUAAAUCCUAGUAUGUUAGGGCAGUUUACAAGGUCAGUUUUAGGAAGCAGUACAGUUACUAAAUCAAGUGUAUCUACUCCUGAAUCAAUAGCAGAAGACCUAGAAGAACCUUCGUAUAAACGGGAAAAACUGACUAGUUUUACAGAUUUACGAGUUGUAAGGGCAACACCUGAAAAAGUUGUAACAAAAGAAGACCUACAAAAGACUAUAGAGAUAACACUCACAGAGACGGAAACACUGAGAUUUUUUAACCUACCAACCAUCAUGGUUUCUGUGGAAUCUGAAGAAGCUGAGAAACUACUUCGGAGAAACAAGAAUUACGAGACCCUUUGUAGAAAUAGAUUAGGCAAUGACUUAUAUGUUGAAAGGAUGAUGCAAACUAUUAAUGGAGCACCAAAGAAUAAAGAUGUUCAAUGUGACAAAAUCAUAAAAGAAGACAAAGGUGUGAUGUCCAGUACUUGGGAUUUGUAUGAUUCUUAUAAUGCUAUGGAGCUUUCAUCUUUAGCAGCAAAACAAUCUAUGCUUGAAUCAACUAGUAGAGCAAGUAUACCUCCUAAAGAUCGAGAGCAAAGAAUGCCAGGGAGUACUACAGAAAAAAAUAGUGAAGCUAGUUCCUUAAUGGAUAUAGAAAAUGUAAUUCUGACUACAAUCCAUGAUGAUGAAGAAGAUCACUCAGAGACAAUAUUGAAAUCUGACAAGUUUCGUCAGGCCUUAUUUUUUAUGGAACGAGUUCUAAUGGAAAAUUUAUUUCAGCCAAAACUUGCAGCUUAUCGUCAGCUUCGUAUUUUAAAAGAACCAGAACCUGAAGAACCUGCAGACUUUCUAGAAAGUAAAAAACUUGAAGAGUCACAGGAAGAGGGUAAGAAGGAAGAAGAAGAAGAAAUCGAAAUAAGUACAGAACAGUCAACAAUACCAGCCAUUUUGGAACGACUUUGGUCCUUUUCCUGUGAUUUAACCAAAGGCCUUAGUGUGAGCAGCCUUGCCUGGAAUAAAAUAAAUCCUGACCUUUUGGCUGUUGGCUAUGGGCACUUUGGAUUUAAAGAGCAAAAAAGAGGAUUGGCUUGCUGCUGGUCAAUAAAGAAUCCUAUGUGGCCAGAACGUAUUUAUCAGAGUCCAUAUGGAGCUACUGCUGUGGAUUUCUCAAUUGGAACACCUAAUCUUCUAGCCGUUGGCUAUCACAAUGGCACAAUUGCCAUUUAUAAUGUACAGAGCAACAGUAAUGUUCCAGUUCUGGAUAGUAGUGAAUCACCUCAAAAACAUUUGGGACCUGUAUGGCAAUUACAAUGGAUAGAACAAGAUCGAGGGACAACAGGUGAUGACAAAAGAGAAAUACUUGUUUCUAUAUCAGCAGAUGGAAGAAUCUCCAAAUGGGUUAUACGGAAAGGACUAGACAGUCAUGAUUUGAUGCGUUUGAAGCGAACUACCGCUAGCAGCAGCAAAAAAGGAGGGGAAACGGAAAAAAAAGGUGAAGCUCUGAUAUCUCGGCAGGCUCCUGGAAUGUGUUUUGCUUUUCAUCCUAAGGAUACAAAUAUCUAUUUGGCUGGCACUGAAGAAGGCCAUAUUCACAAAUGUUCUUGUUCCUAUAAUGAACAAUACCUAGAUACUUACAGAGGACAUAAGGGUCCAGUAUAUAAAAUAGCGUGGAAUCCAUUUUGUCAUGAUGUGUUCUUAAGCUGUUCUGCAGAUUGGGGUGUUAUUAUAUGGCAACAGGAGAACACCAAGCCAUUUUUGAGCUUUUAUCCAACUACUUAUGUUGUUUAUGAUGUUGCCUGGUCUCCAAAAUCCUCCUAUAUAUUUGCAGCUGCAAAUGAGAGCAGAGUAGAGAUUUGGGACCUUCACACCAGCACUUUGGAUCCUCUCAUUGUGAAUGUUGCUAACCCUGGAAUCAAGUUCACAACUGUUCUCUUUGCCAAACAAACAGAUUGCCUUCUAGUGGGUGACAGUGAUGGACAGGUUGCUGUGUAUGAACUAAGAAAUAUGCCCACUGCUUUGGAUUCUGGCCAGGGAGAUAUAAUAGAUACUUUGCUUGGACCCAAGUCAAACCAUCAAGGAUAAUUCAUCAUUACUAUUUUUUCUUAUUGCUAUUUAAAGAAAGAAUAAACAGUGUUUAAUGUCCAAUAAUCCAAUUGUAUGCAGUAAGUUCAGAUUUUGAUGUUAAAAAAUGAUAUUUGAUGUAUAGCUUCCAUUUCAAUUUAACAUAAAUUAAAUACACUUUAAUUUCAGAAAUAUGUGAUUAGUUUGUGAUCUAGGCUAUUUGUAAGAGUCUUGUUGGAUUUUCUUAUUAUUUUUAGUCAUAUUCCAAGUACAUACAACUACAUAUGUGUACUUAUAAAAUGUCCAAAUAGGUUAGAAAAUUAUUAUUCCAUUAGAAGCCACACUUGGACACCAUUAGAAUUACUUAAACCAAAAAUCUUUACAAGAUGAAGUUCCAUAGACUCAAAUCUUCGGCUUCCCAAGAUCUAUUUUUCAGAAUUUAUGAAUUCCACUUGUGUUAGUAUUAUAAGAAUAUUGGAUUCUCACACCCUUCUCUAAAUCAGAAUUUUUUCCUCUUAGAUUUGAGAGCUGAAGCUAUGAAACUUUUAGACUAUUUGACAAGCAAAAGACAUGACAGCAAAUGUCAAAAUUGCAUUGUUUAGACACUAUGCACCACACGCCCAAUUCAGUGAGAAGAGUUAGUCUGGGACACAUCAGGGCAUCCUCUUCUGCAUGCCCAAAAUCUGCUAUGGGUUUUUUUUUAUUUUUUUAAUUUUUAUUUUUUUAUGAUAGGCACACAAUGAGAGAGAGAGAGGCAGAGACAUAGGUAGAGGGAGAAGCAGGCUCCAUGCACCGGGAGCCCGACGUGGGAUUCGAUCCCGGGUCUCCAGGAUCGCGCCCUGGGCCAAAGGCAGGCGCUAAACCGCUCUGCCACCCAGGGAUCCCUGCUAUGGGUUUUAAGCCCAGGCUUAAGUGGGCCCAGAGAGAAAAUAGAAAGUCCUCAAUUUGUAUUUGGCAUCUGGAUCUUAUCUUAUGAAGGGUUCUAGAGCUAGCUUGUGGAAAUAGGAGGAGUGGGAGGCAGCAACUCCCCCAAACAGAUUGCUAACAGCCUAUUCCAUGCUGUUCUUUAGAACAAGUCCUGUGUUUUGUUAACCGAGGCCAUAGGACAGUGUGCCCUGUUUUGCAAAGCCUUCUAAGUGGAGAGGAGAGGAUGAGACAUUCGAAACUCACUAAGUUCUCUGAAAAAAAAAAAAAAAAGUCUGUAUGAAACUAAGAAUGGAAUGUGUGCAACAGUAGAAUCUGCCUUUUAUGUGUCCACUUCUUCACAAUCUCCAUUUCUUUGGAGCCAUCCUUUAAACAAAAGCAAGGUGAUUUCUUAGGUAGACCCAGAGCUUAGGCCAAGUAAUAAGAAUUAUAAAUUUUCUGCUGAUAUAAAUCAUCAUUGUUCAUCUUUUCAUCUUUCCUAAAGGUUGGACUUUCUAUAACAUGCUGUAUAACAAAAUAAAAACUUGAUUUAAUUGAAACAAUGUUUCUUUUUAUCAUGUACUUUUGACCAUUCAAAAUUGUUCAUGUAUUGUACCA